AAUUAUAAUACUGUGGUAGAAACAAAUUCAGAUUCGGAUGAUGAAGACAAACUCCAUAUCGUGGAAGAAGAAAGUGUUACAGAUGCAGCCGAUUGUGAAGGUGGUGUGCCAGACGAUGACCUGCCAACAGACCAGACAGUAUUACCAGGGAGCAGUGAAAGAGAAGGAAAUGCUAAGAGCUGCUGGGAAGAAGAUGCAGGAAAGGAAGGACAGGAAACCCUGGGGCCUGAAGCUCAGACAGAUGAAGCUGGAUGUGCAGUAAAAGAUGACUGUGACUCAGACGCAGAAAAUGAACAAAACCAUGACCCUAAUGUUGAAGAGUUCCUGCAACAACAAGACACUGCUGUCAUUUACCCUGAGGCACCUGAAGAGGACCAGAGGCAGGGCACACCAGAAGCCAGUGGUCAUGAUGAAAAUGGAACACCAGAUGCAUUUUCCCAGUUACUCACCUGCCCGUAUUGUGACAGAGGCUAUAAACGCUUUACCUCUUUGAAAGAACACAUUAAGUAUCGCCAUGAAAAGAAUGAAGAUAAUUUUAGUUGCUCCCUGUGCAGUUACACCUUUGCGUAUAGAACUCAACUUGAACGUCAUAUGACAUCACAUAAGUCAGGAAGAGAUCAAAGACAUGUGACGCAGUCUGGGGGUAACCGUAAAUUCAAGUGCACUGAAUGUGGAAAAGCUUUCAAAUAUAAACACCACCUAAAAGAGCACUUAAGAAUCCACAGUGGAGAGAAGCCAUAUGAAUGCCCAAACUGCAAGAAACGUUUUUCCCAUUCCGGUUCCUAUAGCUCUCACAUAAGCAGUAAGAAGUGUAUCAGCUUGGUGCCUGUGAAUGGGCGGCCAAGAUCAGGACUCAAGACAUCUCAGUGUUCCUCACCCUCUCUGUCAGCAUCUCCAGGCAGUCCCACACGACCACAGCUACGGCAAAAGAUAGAAAACAAACCCCUUCAAGAACAGCUCUCUGUAAGCCAAAUUAAAACUGAACCUGUGGAUUAUGAAUUCAAGCCCAUAGUGGUUGCAUCAGGAAUCAACUGUUCAACCCCUUUACAAAAUGGGGUUUUUAGUGGUGGUGGCCCAUUACAGGCAACCAGUUCUCCUCAGGGUGUGGUGCAAGCUGUUGUUCUGCCAACAGUUGGUUUGGUGUCUCCCAUAAGUAUCAAUCUAAGUGAUAUUCAGAAUGUACUUAAAGUGGCAGUGGAUGGUAAUGUCAUAAGGCAAGUUUUGGAGAAUAAUCAAGCCAAUCUUGCAUCCAAAGAACAAGAAACAAUCAGUGCUUCAUCCAUACAACAAGGUGGCCAUUCUGUUAUUUCAGCUAUCAGUCUUCCUUUGGUUGAUCAAGAUGGAACAACCAAAAUCAUCAUCAACUAUAGUCUCGAGCAACCUAGCCAACUUCAAGUUGUUCCCCAAAAUUUGAAAAAGGAAAACCCAGUCCCCACAAACAGUUGCAAAAGUGAAAAGUUACCAGAAGAUCUUACUGUUAAAUCAGAAAAGGACAAAAGCUUUGACGGAGGAGCCAAUGGUAGCACUUGCCUUCUGUGUGAUGACCGCCCAGGAGACCCUAACGCACUUCCAGAGUUAAAGCACUAUGACCUAAAGCAGGCAGCGCAGCCGCCUGAGCCCCCCGCCCCAGACGCCGAGAAGCCCGAGCCUUCUGUUUCAUCAGGUACUGGAGAUGGCAACUUGUCUCCCAGUCAGCCACCCUUAAAGAACCUCUUGUCUCUUCUAAAAGCGUAUUAUGCUUUGAAUGCACAACCAAGUGCAGAAGAGCUCUCAAAAAUUGCCGAUUCAGUAAACCUGCCACUGGAUGUAGUAAAAAAGUGGUUUGAAAAGAUGCAAGCUGGACAGAUUUCAAUGCAGUCUUCUGAACCAUCUUCCCCUGAGCCAGGCAAAGUUAAUACCCCUGCAAAGAACAAUGAUCAGCCUCAAUCUACAAAUGCAAAUGAACCCCAAGACAGCACAGUAAACCCACCGAGUCCCCCGAAGGUGACUCCAUGUUCAGCUUUACCAGUGGGAUCGGCCAUCAAUGGUUCCAGAGGCAGAACACCGUCCCCAUCACCACUAAACCUCUCCUCGUCCAGAAAUACACAGGGUUACUCAUACACCGCUGAGGAGGGUGCACAGGAAGAGCCACAAGUAGAACCUCUUGAUCUUUCACUACCAAAGCAGCAGGGAGAAUUAUUGGAAAGGUCAUCUAUCACCAGUGUUUACCAGAACAGUGUUUAUUCUGUCCAGGAAGAACCCUUGAAUUUGUCUUGUGCAAAAAAGGAGCCGCAGAAGGACAGUUGUGUUGCAGACUCGGAACCAGUUGUAAAUGUUAUCCCACCAAGUGCCAACCCCAUAAAUAUUGCUAUACCUACAGUCACUGCCCAGUUACCCACAAUCGUGGCCAUUGCUGACCAGAAUAGUGUUCCGUGCUUGCGAGCACUAGCUGCCAAUAAGCAAACUAUUCUGAUUCCCCAGGUGGCUUACACCUACUCAACCACCGUCAGCCCUGCAGUCCAGGAACCACCCUUGAAAGUGAUUCAGCCAAAUGGAAACCAGGAUGAAAGGCAAGACACUAGCUCGGAAGGUGUGUCCAACGUGGAGGAUCAGAAUGACUCUGAUUCUACACCGCCAAAAAAGAAAAUGCGGAAGACAGAAAAUGGAAUGUAUGCUUGUGAUUUGUGUGAUAAGAUAUUCCAAAAGAGUAGCUCCUUACUAAGACAUAAGUAUGAACACACAGGUAAAAGACCUCACGAGUGUGGAAUCUGUAAAAAGGCAUUUAAACAUAAACAUCAUCUGAUCGAACACAUGCGACUGCAUUCUGGAGAAAAGCCCUACCAAUGUGACAAAUGUGGGAAGCGCUUCUCACACUCUGGGUCUUAUUCUCAGCACAUGAAUCAUCGCUACUCCUACUGCAAGAGGGAAGCCGAGGACCGUGACGGUGCGGAGCAGGAGGAGGCAGGAGCCGAGGUCCUCCCGAACGAGCUCGCUGGGGCCCAGGCGUCUCCCUCGCAGGCCGACUCGGAUGAGAGAGAGAGCUUGACACGGGGGGAGGAGGACGAAGACAGCGAAAAAGAGGAAGACGAAGAGGAGGAUAAAGAGAUGGACGAACUGCAGGGAGAAAAAGAAGGUGAAAAACCACCGGGGGAAGAGGAGGAGGAGGAGGAGGAAGAGGAGGAGGAAGAAAUAGAGGAAGAGGAGGUAGAAGAAGCCGAGCACGAGAGGGACGAAGCAAAACCGGGAGAUGGUCCAAUCAAGGAUGACAGCGCCAUAAAUCAAGCCAGCAGCUUAGAACAGAAAGUGAAUGAGGAUAGUGAGCAAGUGUCUGAAGAAAAAACAAAUGAAGCCUAAUCGCUUUUCUAGAAGGAAAAUAAAUUCUAAUCGGUAAUGAAGUUUGUUCUAUAUAAUACAUGCUUUUCAUGGAAACACAGUAGCCUGUAUACUGUGAUUUCUGUUCACUACUGUGUAAAGUAAAAAUUUAAAAAUAUAUAUACAAAAUACAAAAAAAAAAAAAAAGGAAAGAAAAAAAAAAAAGAAAUCCGGGUGUGCCUGAACCUCAGACCUAGUAAUUUUUCAUGCAGUUUUCAAAGUUAGGAGCAAGUUUGUAACACGAAGCAGAUUAGAAAACUAUAGUGACUCAGAAAGAAACGA